AUGUGGAUAUGGCAUGCAUUCUUUGGCUUAGUUGGCUCCCUCAAUGACAUUAAUGUUCUUAACAUGUCUCCGUUACUUGACGACAUGUAUAAUGGGACUGCACCCGACUCAUCUUUUCAAGUAGCUGAAAUAUCGUAUAGGAACGAGUAUUAUCUUGUGGAUGAGAUCUAUCCGGAGCUUGCUUGUUUUGUGAAGUCAAUGUCUUGUCCAAAUUAUCAUAAAAGGUUGAAGUUUAAGAGAGCUCAAGAGCGGGCGAGAAAGGAUGUUGAACGAGCAUUUAGAGCUUUGAAAAAACGUUGA